AAUCUAAUACCGCCCUCCUCCUCCUCCUCCUCCUCCUCCUCCUGUUCCGUCAGCGUCAGCCCGCAGCAAUAGCCGGUCCAGAGUUAUUCGCCUCCUUUAUCUGGUCCUCUAAAAUUACGGGCCGCCCUUGGUUUCCGGUGAAUGAUAGCGGGUCGUUUAGCCCUCGGUGAGUCUCUGCGACUCUUUUUCCCGGAAUCCUCUCUAGUCUCUCUCUCCCCAUUUCUCAGCCACGAUUGUCUUUCCAUCUUCUUCUCCUUCUCUUUUUGAUUCUCCAAAUCUGAUAAAACAAUUCGUUUAAUCAAAAACCACCUGCUCUUAAACAAAGCUUUAUCGUCACCGUAAGACCCACCGCUCCAUUUUUCAACUGUUUGUUAGUUUGAAGCAGGUAUUUCCGCGAUAGGCUUUUUGGCGGCAUUUCGUUAAUUUUUAAAACAAACCAUGCGACUCAAGGACAAGCUGAUUCAAAUUUUAGAGUUUGAUUUGAUCGGAUCAAGUUCUGUGAUGGUCUUCGCAGAGGUUCGGCAAAUUCAGGAACGGAGGAGAGAGUAGAGAUGUAAAGUAACAGUGAGAAUUCACGAGAGAGAAAGGAAGAAUGACGAUUGACGAGGCUAAGGCUGGGGCAAUUGACGGGAGGAAGAUCAUAGUUGGGGUCAGAACCGAUGGCCAUGGCCAAGAGCUGCUCGAUUGGGCUCUUGUGAAAGUUGCAGAUCCAGGAGAUCAUGUUGUUGCAGUUCAUGUGUGCAGAGAUUCUGAUUCCAGUUCAAAGGAGAAGGCAUUGAUGGAUGGUUAUUUAGAAGCUUAUGAAGGCCUAUGCACUCAGAAAAAGGUAGAUCUCACCGCUGAAGUCUUGAUUGGAAGCUCAAUCCGAAAGGUUCUGGUGAGAGAGGCUAAAAACCGUGCUGCUGUGGCUGUGAUCGUGGGGACAAACAGAGAAAUCCCUUUCAGGACUCGGGCCUCAGUGGCUAAAUAUUGUGCGAAGCACCUUCCUCCAACCACCAAUGUUCUGGCUAUCCACAAUGGGAAAGUUGUCUACACAAGUUUGUGGAGUAACCAUUCACCAGGUAAGAAAGGAGAUCCCAGGCCAAGUCUUUCCCGUAAUAAAAAUCCUACAAGCACUGACAACCAGUCUGAAUAUGGCGAUUCCGAGACAUCUGAGGUUGCAAAUGCAAGAUACAGCCAUGAAUUGAUUCAGAGCUCUAAAGAUGGAUCAGGGGACGUUAGCAGUGACUCAAGAAGCGGUAAUUUGAGUGCUGCUCUAAGACAGACAAAACUUUCAAGCUCACUUUCAUUUCCUGUGGAGGACUUUGGAGAGCAGAGGCCCGGUUGGCCUCUGCUUCGAACAGGUACUCUAGCGACCCCACCAACCAGGGAAGCAAGAAAGAUAUCUGUGGUGCGGUGGGUAAUGAGCUUACCAGACCGAUCUCCACCAGAAACUCCUCAGUCCGGGGCUUCCAGUUUUGCUUCAGUCGAAACAGAUGUAUUGUUGUCGAGAGAGAGCAUCAACUCCAUGGACAAAAAUGACACAAGUUCAGCACACGGUGAGCUUCUAGACAAGUUGGACAAGAUCUUAAAAACAAAUUCAUCCCCCUGCAAGUGGUUCAACUUUGAUGUCAUUAAAACUUCUACCACGCAGUUCUCUUCAGACAAGCUAAUUGGUCAAGGAGGGUGUAAUUGUGUGUACAAGGGGCUUCUUCCGGACGGGAGGCCGGCUGCUGUAAAGGUGUUAAGGUCGUGCAAACAAGCACGGCAGGAUUUCACCCAGGAAGUCGAAAUCAUGAGCUUACUGGAGCAUAAAAACAUCAACCAUUUGCUUGGGAUAAGCAUUGAAGAUAACAACCUAAUCUCAGUUUACGAUUUCUGCUACAAAGGAAGUCUAGAACAAAACCUACACGGCAAUGACAAACAAACCUUUGUGCUGCCAUGGGAAGUGAGAUUCAAAGUAGCUGUUGGGAUUGCCGAAGCCCUUCAUUACCUACAUGAAGAAUGUUCCCCACCGGUCAUUCACAGGGAUGUGAAGUCUUCAAAUAUUCUUCUCUCCGAUGAGUUUGAACCACAGCUCUCUGAUUUUGGGCUAGCAAUCUGGGGGCCAUCGGGUAAAUCAUUUCUCAUAGACAACGAUGUAGUAGGAACUUUUGGGUAUCUUGCUCCUGAAUACUUCAUGUACGGGAAGGUCAGUGACAAGAUCGAUGUCUACUCUUUCGGUGUGGUUCUUCUUGAACUGUUAACGGGGCGAAAACCGAUCUGUUCAGAGACUGCCAAGGGCUGGGAGAGCUUGGUCAUGUGGGUGAAACCAAAGCUGGAGACUGGAGAGGUCAAAGGUAUACUUGAUCCAAAUCUAGAUGGGAACAUCGACGAUGUUCAAGCUCAGAGAAUGUUACUCGCAGCGAGGCUCUGCCUCACAAGAUCAGCUCGGCUUCGGCCUAAAAUGAGCCAGAUUCUGAAGAUCUUAAGAGAGGAGAAGGACUUGGAGGAGUGGGAGAAUUCCCAGUUCAUAGGAGGAGAAAAGGACGUAGAAAACACAGACGACGAAGUGUAUCCUCAUUCAAGCGCCGCGUCCCAUCUGGGGCUGGCGCUGCUGGAUGUGGACGACACGACGUCGUCCAGCAGCAUGGAGCAAAGCGCCAGAAUCUCCAUGGAAGAAUACUUGAAAAGGAGAUGGAGUCGAUCGUCGAGCUUAGAUUAAUCAGCUUCGUUUAAUUUCUUAAAUUAACGAACGUCGGCGGCCAGAUUACCAUGUAAGGCUGCAAGCUGAGCUUAAGGAUGAAGGAAUGAAUGUUGUGUAAUCUGUGAAUAUCCAGCCAAGGAAAUUAAUUAAGUCGUCUCUGCACCCGAUCGUGAGGUGGUUUCUAGAGGACGAUGUAUAGUCACUGUCCAUCCAUUUCAAGAAUAAAAAAAAAGCCCGUGCGGCCGCUAGCUAGGGAUAGCGUCGGUCGUCGUGUUGUGAAAUUUUGUGUUGUAGCUAGAUUAGACUAAAUUUUGUAAGAAUGUUUUUGGGAUGGUAAUUUUACACCCAUGAUUUGCUUUAUCUCGAAUAAUAAUGAAUAAUG